UGUGCACAUAUUAAGAAGUGAUAAUGCCAAAGAAUACUUUUCAGCACAAUUUCAGUCUUAUAUGACACAAAAUGGCAUUCUUCAUCAGUCUUCCUGUGUGGAUACCCCAUCCCAAAAUGGCGUGGCCAAAAGAAAAAAUCGGCAUCUUCUUGAGGUUACUAAAUUGGAUCCAAAGUCUCUCAAAUGUGUCUUCCUUGGGUACUCUCGGCUCCAAAAAGGGAGAUUGGAGAUUCCUGACUCAGAUCCUCCACCAGCUACUUCGUUGGCAGAUCCUGUACCUCAUACUGAUCAUGAUUCUGAUCUAGACUUACCCAUUGCUCUUCGUAAAGAUAAACGUUCAUGUACUUACCCUAUCUCUUCUUUUGUUUCUUAUAAUCAAUUGUCUUUUUAUUCUCGGUGUUUUGUUACUUCUUUAGACUCUGUUCCUAUACCUAAUACUGUUAGUGAGGCCUUUGUCUCAUCUUUGGUGGUAUCUUUGCUAUGA